AUGCCCGAGUCACAGCGUUUUCCACUGGGCACGCGUGUAGCCAACCCAUUAGAAGGACGUACAGGUGAGAUUACAGCUUUUGACGCCAAGUUGGGGCUCUACACGCUCGUAUACAAUGACGACCACCGAGACGUAUUAUCUACCAAUCAAACGGAGCAAUUUGUCAUUCAAAUUCCUGCAAAAGUUGCAAAAGAGUGCGAAUCAGACGUGACGAAAGCGUGUGAAUCAGAUCCGAAUCAGUUUUUGGGGGUUACUGUCAUCCGAAGCUCUACGAGCUACGAGGGCAACAAGUUUACGACUUCAGGUCAAGUAACGCAGUAUUUUGCAGACAUUAAGCGGUUCCGUGUACUUUUUUCCGAUGGAUUGUACGCUGAUAUGACACUGGAAGAAGUGAAGCAACAUUUACAACGGGAGGAAACAGAAUCAGAUCAGAAGCGAGUUGUAGACGCAGACGAAAUGUUGAAAAAGAACAAGAGUAAACAAGAUCGUUAUCAAGAAAUGGAACGGCCAUUGAAUACGCAAAAAUUCGACAGUCGCAAAACAGCCUAUACAAUGUGUCGAGAGGUGUUGAGUAUUAUUUUGAAUCAGAAGAAGGGGGGCAAACACUGUUCAGAGAAACAAAAGAUGGUUUUAAACAAUAAGGACUUACCGCCAAAACGAGCGCUCGAGGCAUUUGUGGAAGCGGACGGAUUGAAUGCAUUGGAGAAAAUUUUAGGCAUUUGGUUUCGUCUUGAGAGUACGCGCUCGGCUGCAUUGCUCGUUAUGAAGGUUUUGGCAAUGCUGCCUGGAGUAAAGGAGGAGCAUUUGAGAAAAACGAAUAUUGCUCGUACAUUGCGGGGUAUCGAAAAGCUCAGCUACUCUAGCCACAUUGACGUUGUCUUUGGUGACCUGGCGCACUGGAUCAUUCAAAAGUGGGUGAAAACGGCAAUGAAUCGGUCAUUCAACCGAUCGGCACGAGACUUGCUCCUUGAGCAACAAGCCCAAAUUAGGCGGGCGGGCACAGCUGGACAAGUACACCUAACUGCACGUCCAGCUACAAAGCUUACUAUACAACAGAAAGAAACGAUGCGAUUGGAAGCGCUGCGAACGGGUACGGAUGCAAGUGCGGAAUUCCAACAAGAUCCUGGCGAGGAAGUUGUAGUGUAUCUACCGCAAUUUAACUCGCUGGGUUCGGAGAAUAUGCGUCGUCCUGUUCGUCAAACCCAAGUGAUUGAGUCGCUGGCGGCAAAAAUCAACCGUGACUACGCAGACUCGGUGAAAAAGCAUCAUGAGGACGAUGGGAAAGAAAAGGAGGACGGUGUAGCUCCCGGACGGAUUGUAUUUGGGAAGCCUCAAUUGAUGCAUUUCAGCCAACACAUUCCUGUAAUUGGCUUGUUCUCCACCACGCGCAGUAAAAUAGUUGACAAGAACACAGGGAUUGGUGAUGGUGCUGUGGUCUCGACAAGUGGCGACAAUUCUGCACCAAAGACGAUUUCAAUGCCCAACAAGACGCAAGCGCCGCAGAAGUCCAUUUUGAAAGUGAGAGACGAAGUCAUUACACCGGCGUCGCAAGUUAGUUGGUAG